ACCUCAAAUUUUUUCACAACUUUGUGUUUGCUGUUCCGGAAGAUUUUCGUGGAGGCUUUUUUGGCUUGAAAAUGGUGAAGCAGGAAUCAUCUGAGAAGGAAUCGAGUGACAAGAAGCGCCGCAGGACCACAACAUCCUCCUCAUCGAGUGAUGUGACCCCCCUGAAGGUGCCCAAAGAGGAAAAUGUCUACAUGAAUGCCAUCAAGUUUGAGGAGCACGAAGCCACGAAGAGAUCCGCGGAGAAGGAUUCAAAGCUCUACCAUCAAACCUGUGAGGAUUUGCGCAAAAUCUUCGCCGAUGUGUAUGCCCUGAAGAAGGAUCCGGAGAAGAAUAAGGCAGAAAUUGCCGAGAAGCGCGUUGAUGGGUCAAUGAUGGUUGUUCUGCUGAAGAAGCUCAAUCGCCUGGAUAAGCUGCGUGUUCGUUCGGGACGGGAUGCCCUGCACCGGGAGAAGCUCAAUGUUGACAGCAAUCGGCUGCAGCUGCAGAAUUUGCUGUACGAGGCGGAUCACCUGAAGCGCGAAGUGCAGCGUUGCUAUCAGUUUAAGAGUCAGGAUGAGGAUAUUGAUCUCGUUUCAGUGGAGGAGUUCUAUGAGAAGGCUCCGGAGAGUAUUUCGCGUCCGGAUAAAACAAAGACGGAUGAGCAUGCACGGCGUUUGGCACGGCUGGAGUGGGAAUUGCAGCAACGGAAGGAACUCACGGCACUCUACAAGGAUCUCCAGGCAUCCACGGAACAGGUGGCUGAGGAUAUAAGCAACAAGGCAGCACGAUUGGCCUCCCUGGCGCCACGCCUGCAGUCCCUGCUGAAGGCUACGCGCCCUCUGCAGGAAGCGCUGGAGAUGAAUGAGGAGAAAGAAUGGGAAAUUCACAGACUCGCCAGGCUUCUUCCGCGUCCGCUGUACCUUUUCUUCGCCAAUGCUCAGGGGUAUGCUGAUGCGUGUGACAAGUACAUGACAGUGACAAUUGAUGGGGAUGAGGAGGAGGCAAAGCAAAUUGAGGAUCUGGCCAAGGAACUCCAAUCCCAGCAUGAGAGCGAUGACAAUGCCGGAGAUUCGGAUAAUGAGGAAAAUGAGGGGAAAAGUCACCACAGGGGGCGCCUCUCGAAGUCCGCUCUGCUCGAGAGGAAGCGUGCUAAUCUCCUGAAACCCCAUCCCCUCCGUGUGGUGGUUAGUUUCUCCACAAAGAACGAUGCUGGCACACUCAGUGUCAUCUUCAACUACAUCCCGGAGCUGGGAAUCAUCGCAAUUCGGUGCAAGACAAAGGAACUUCCGAGUGCUGGAGUGAGUGCUGGUGACGUCAUAAAUCCCCGGCACAUCCUCAAUGAACUCUAUCCGGAUGAUUUUGCCACUGAGAGCCCCCUGAAGCGCAAUAAAUUCCAACUGGAGGCUGUUGGAUUGGAACCCGGACGUCUCAUCGCGAUGCUCGUGGAGAAGAAGCUGGGAAAGCCCUAUGGGUGGGCUCAGCGUGUCUGUGGGUUGGAAGUGAAUCCCAAUGGGGAUGUCAAAGCAUCCGAUGAACUCUCCAUGAACUCCAUGUCAAUGAUUAUUCGUCAAAUUCGCUCCCGGUGGGCAUCCCGGGUGGCGCUCUUUAAGCAAAUCAUCGCCCUGGAAUCCGGGAAUAUUGCUUUCCCCAAAAAUCAUCCCAAUGAGAAGAUUCCCGUGAGGAUUUCCAGUCGUCUCACCUCGUGGAUUGCCACAACGUACCAUGACUUCGGUACUCUCCCAUCUGCGGCGAAAUUCCUCGAGGAGCGUCUUGUUUCGGAGAAUGAUCUCUUCUUCCAAGCUACCAUUGUGCGGGAUGCAGCCAAGAUGAUUUGUUCCCUGGCUGUGGGAUGUGAUUUCCCAGCACAGCUCCCGGUGUGGGUGCUUCGACUCACGUGGAAUGGUCAGCACGACGCGACAAAUAAUCCCGCCUUGAGGGAAAUGGAAUUCUGGGUGAAUUCGCUCGAUGAGGGCUCCCAGCCACGCAAAGCCUGCAUCCUGGUCAGUCAGCUGCGUCGGGCAAUGCUUUCACUGGACAUCCUCCUCGAGACUGAGUCAACAAUGCACGCCAAGAUUGAUUUUCCGGCUGAGAAAACCUUCCUGAAGGCCUUCCGGGGAAAGCAGAGAUCCCGCCCGUACAGGAUGAUUGAAAAUGGCGGAGGAGUUUUCUAUACACAAAUUUAACUUUUUUUUCUUUCUUUCUUUGAACUAUUUGAAUUAAUAAAUGUGAAAUAAAUGAAAUUUAAACAUGAAAA